AUGGCAUCGCCGGGCAAACCUCGCGGCAAAGGCGACCUCUCACCGGCGGCGAACGCCGUCCUCCACCAGCCGGCAUCACCUCGGUUCCAUCCCGGAACUCCCACCUCUGGAGCCCACCGCAAGAUCGCCAUCGCCGUCGACCUCAGCGACGAGAGCGCCUUCGCGGUCAAGUGGGCUGUCCAGAACUACCUCCGCCCCGGGGACGCCGUGAUCCUCCUCCACGUCCGCCCCACCUCCGUCCUGUACGGCGCCGACUGGGGCGCUAUCGACCUCACCGUUGAGGGCGCCGGCGACGAGAGGUCGCAGCAGAAGCUGGAGGACGAUUUCGACAACUUCACCACCAGCAAGGCCAACGACCUGGCCCAGCCCCUUGUAGAAACGAAUAUCCCUUUCAAGAUCCACAUCGUGAAGGACCACGACAUGAAGGAGAGGCUGUGCCUGGAGGUUGAGAGGCUGGGGCUGAGUGCGGUGAUCAUGGGGAGCAGGGGAUUCGGGGCCUCCAGGAGAAGCAGCAAAGGGAGGCUGGGGAGCGUGAGCGACUACUGCGUGCGCCACUGUGUGUGCCCUGUGGUGGUGGUGAGGUUCCAGGAUGAGAGUGAUGGAGGGUCUGAUGAAUGCGAGCCAGGAUCGGCAAAGGCGGGUUAUAAGGAUGCAUCUGGGCUGCAUCCGGUACCUGAGGAGGAGGAGCCAGUAUAUCUUGAUGCAUCCGACAAGAAUCCAGAUACCGAGAAAGCUUCUUGA